AUGGUAAAAAACGAACAUCAACUGCAACCGAUGUCAUGGGAAACUCAUCAUCAUCAACAACAACAACUUGAUUAUUAUAUGAAUUUACCAUCAACUUCGUAUACAAAUGUCAGUCUAAUUAUAAAUAAUACAAAUAAUACAAAUCGAAUAAAUUGUAAUGGAAUUUCUCAAACAACUAUUGAUUCAAAACUUAGUCCAUUACCAACAGGUGUAACACCUCAAACUGUUCCUUCGUCAACACCGAAAUCUCGAUCGAUGUCUGGUAAAAAUUCGGCAUCACCAUCCAAUGAAUUUACUUCAUCAUCAUCAACAACAACAACAAUAACAACAACGCCACCUCAACCUAAAGAAAUUUAUGCAUGGAUGAGUGAUAAAAAACAUGGAACAAAUAAAAGUAAAAAUGGUUCGAAAAAUCAUUCAGGACAAAACACUACAUCAACAUCAUCAUCUUCGUCAGCAUCUGAUAAAAGCAAUUCGACACCAUCAAAACGAGCUCGUACAGCUUAUACAAGCGCUCAAUUGGUUGAGCUUGAGAAAGAAUUUCUCUAUAAUAAAUAUUUAAAUCGUCCACGACGGAUUGAACUAGCAGGAGCACUUAAUUUAACUGAAAGACAGAUAUGGUUUCAAAAUCGUCGAAUGAAAGAUAAAAAAGAUGGCAAAAGUCGAACAAGCUACGGAGGUGGCUGUGGUAUAGACUUAAAUAAUUCUCCAUUGGCUACAUCAACAACUGAAAAAGAUGAUUUAAAUUCAUCUUUAUCUAUUCGUUCAUAUCAUCAUCAUCAUCAUCAUCAUCCACAACAUCAUGGCUACUAUCAAGCAGCACCGCCGCCACCACCACCUCCGUCAAUGUCUGUAUCAUUUUCUUCAUCAUCACCAUCAAAUUAUUCAAAAUCAUUUCAACAUCAAAUCGAUUAUAAUACAACUACACCAGCAGAUAUGUAUGAAAUGACAGCAAACUACUGUAUGAAACAAUCAACAGCAUCACCAUUUGAUACAUCAAAUUAUUAUGCGAACGGCGUAGAAAAUAAUCUUAAAACAAAUUAUAUACCUGGUACAACAUAUGAACGUCCACCCGUAUCUUUUGACUCAUAUUAUUUUAAUUCGGACGCAUCAUCUGUUGUACAUCAUCCAGCAGUACCUCCAUUUGCUUAG